GGACCAUGUCCAUUUGGUAUCCAGCUGAAAAACUCACUCGCUGCCACUAAUCUACCCGACGACCACCCGCACCCUUGCCCGUUGCCACAACCAUGGCUAUCUCAUCUCUGCGACUCCCGCUAUCGCCUUGGCUUACAAAAUCCCCAACUCGUUGCUUCAGAAUUUAUUCAAUCCCAACAACACCCCCACCAUUGAGACCAAUUUGCUGCUGCUUCUCUACUACUACUUCUUCUUCUUUGUCUCCUGCAUCUUCUACGUCCUCAACCACCCAAGAUACAGUAACCGAUUUGGGGAAAUGGGAACCCUUACGAAAGAAGAAAGUGGUUAUGCGAGUUGGCUACGUUGGUACCGAUUACAGAGGCUUACAAAUGCAACGAGAUGAGCAUUCAUUGUCCACAAUCGAAAAAGAAUUGGAAACUGCCAUAUUUAAGGCCGGUGGUAUUCGAGAUAGUAAUUAUGGGAACCUUCAGAAAAUCGCAUGGGCAAGAAGUAGCCGAACUGAUAAAGGAGUUCACUCAUUGGCAACAACGAUAUCAUUGAAAUUGGAAAUCCCUGAAGGUGCAUGGGAGAAUGACCCAAAUGGCAUUGCUCUUGCUAAUCGCAUCAACUCGUUUCUUCCUCAUAACGUCAAAGUUUUUAGUAUCUUACCUUCGCAGAGGAGUUUCGAUCCCAGAAAGGAGUGUAAUCUCCGGAAGUAUUCCUACCUCCUUCCUGCAGAUAUCAUUGGAAUUAAAAGUAACUUAAGUACAGAUGAAAUUGAUCUUCAUAUCUCAGAUUUCAAUGAGAUAUUGAAUACUUUCGAGGGAGAACAUCCUUUUCAUAAUUAUACAGUGCGGGCAAAGUAUAGGACGAAGUUCCCUGUGAAGAAAUCACAUAAGAAUGGUCAUGUGUCAGGAAGCGUGAAAGCUUUUGAAAAGCCAUCAGAAUUUGAAUCUGGAGAAAGUGAUGGAGAAGAAGAUUUUGAAUCUGAUGGCUUGCCUACUUCCAAAGUUGAGAGAAUGAGCUCAAAUUCUCCAGCAUUGAGCAUUUCUGAUGGGAAGAUAAUUGAUGCUCAUGAGAAGCAUAGUGGUGGUGUAAAGGAUCAAAGUUCUACUUCAGUUGUUCUUGCAAGAUGGCUGCACGAACCUGAUGAGAGAGACAGAAUAGGUGCCUCACAUUUCAGAAAGAUUUUUCGCUGCUCUUGUGGAAGGCUAGAGAGAUCGCUUGGAUUUAACUUUGUUGAGCUAUCUGUAUGGGGGGAGUCUUUCAUGUUACAUCAGAUUCGCAAGAUGAUUGGGACUGCUGUGGCAGUAAAGCGGAAUUUACUUCCCAGAGAUAUAUUGACACUGUCAUUGACCAAGUUCUCACGAAUUGUUCUACCGCUUGCUCCAUCAGAAGUCCUGAUCUUAAGGGGAAACAACUUUUCUUUGAGAACAAGACCGGGACAUGUCACUAGACCAGAAAUGGUGGCAAUGGUCGAAUCUGAAGAGAUUCUCAGGGGAGUAGAUGAGUUCUAUACAUCUGUAAUGCUUCCUCAGGUCUCUAAAUUCUUGGACCCGUCAGGCUCUCCUUGGAAGGAAUGGGUUGAGACCUUGGAUCAUAACACAAACAUUCCAGAGACAGAGUUAGAUGAAGUUAGGAUUGCUUGGAAAGUUUGGAAGGAAAAGUUUGAGAGCAAAACUGGUGUUGCAUCAGUGUCAAGUGAUGGAGACAAGGAACUUGCUGCAAUUGCAUAACCUGUACUGCUAUAUUUCCCACAAUCUGAGAGACUUGGUGAUUGCUUGGUAAAAAUGGCAUGCAAAGUAAUUAAAGCUUGUGACAAAGGGAUUGGAUGGAAUUUGAAUGUUGGCUGGCUGCCGAAGAAGGUAAUGAGCUGAAGAAGCAGAAGCACAUUAUAUUAAUAUAUAUAAAUAUUUAUAGUAAUAUAUAUAGUGUAGCUCAAAUCCAAGAGUAGGAAGGAAUAGUCAUCAGCAGUUGUUAGCUCUGGUAAUGCUAGUAGAAGGUGCACUUAUUUUGUAUGAUUUCUUCAUUAUUGUGAAAAAUCACAUGCAUAGAUUAAAAACUGACGGCUCUUGCAAUUUUCCCAUUAAAAUGUAUUUAUUAUUUUUUCUUACA